AUGGACGCGGAGGAGAACAAACGGAAAAGGAGCGAGAAACGUUUACGGUUAGGCCGUCACUCUAUACACCCCACACCCCCAUGCGGUGGUGUCGCCAGGAGUCUUUUCUCGGUGUGCGUUUGCGCCGAACCAACGUUACACCGGUGGCGGCGUGUGAACGAAAUAAUAAUAAUGGGUAUAUACGAGCGCAGAGGCCGGUGCGCGGGUAGUGGUGUUGUACUGUGGGAUAGCCGCAUGUUAGGGAGAAGGGGUUGUUGGAAACGCGCUCGGUCGGCUGACGCGUGGGUAGCCACCGCCACAGACGCCGACUCCGGCGGCCGACACAGGCGCGCGCGGUUUAGGUGA